AUGACGAGGCUCGGUCCCUUGACCGCGCAGGCCCUGGGCCGCUCACCAUUCGACGACGUGGUGGAUGGUGAAGGCGAGAACGACCCCCGCGCACCCAUACAGCAAUACGACAACCGCGGGCGCCCGAUUAACCCCGAAACGAAACGAAUGAACCGCGACAUGGUCCGCUCUCACAACGAGGUGAUGCAGGUUAUUGGCGUCGCAGAGCCAGACAACACCCCCUCCUCCGCAGAGGUCGACUCCGUACGGCGAUACUUCAACUAUGAAGAUGCUGUCGGUACGCGGCUGUUGCGGUUUGGGCGAGCUCUGGAAAUCGCCGGCGUCUGGGGCAUCAACGGCAUGCGACUGCGCAUCCUCCUGUACAAGCGCUACGCCGACAUUUCCUUCUUUGAGCUUCUUCAACAUGAGGGGAAACAACGCUCAUUAUCAAGCGCCCUUCUGACCGGUUUACCAACCUUUCUUGGCGGUCACGUCUUUAAGAUGGCCACGUACUGGUUCUACCCCUUCCCACGGAAGAACCGCUACAUUAACACUGCUCUGUCAUACAUUCGCGUGCAUCUGCAACUCUAUGUCUUCCUCCAAAGGCUAGAUAUCAUCCCCUCCGGUAAAUGGUUUCCAUCGCUGAGUUUCUUCGUCCCCGGAUCACCCUCGUCUCCCAUUGCAGCUCCGGCACCUCCCAAAGACUUAAGCAUAGCUUCGCUGGCGCAGUACGCCGGUGCAUGGUGUGUGAAUGCCAUCCCGUUCGCAUCAUAUGUCAUCUGGGGUCAGAUCUGGACAGAGGUUACUGGUCAUCUAUGGCAGGAGUUUUAUGGACGACUGCCGAACACAGUGCACCAUCGCAAGCCUCCACCGCUACUACCCCCGCCUUCAGCGCCGAUCCAGGAGACUACAGAGCUGGUGCCUGAUAUAGAACCAUUGCAGCCUGAGCCCCUUUCUGAGACUGGACACGAGGAAGCCCCUGAGGAGAUCCCUCUCGAAGCGGAUUCACCCAACGAAGCCCCGAUCCAGGCAGUCCGUCGACCGAGCGCAUUUUCCGCCCGCGGAGAUGACUAUGGCAGCGAUGACGAAGAGGAUGGGGGCGUCAGUGCAACUCUGAUCAGCUUCGACGUUGAAGCCACAGACUCGACCGACGCCCCCCCGGGAUUGUGGUCCGCCGAGCUGCGGCCAAGCACAGGCCCCGAAGGCUCCGGCUACGGCGCCUCGGUGCAGUACAUGGACACUAUGCUGACCAGACUACCAGCUUGCUUGGCCUCUGACAUCUUCACCGUCAUCUCAGGUUAUGUCUUGGUUUCGCCCUACGAAGCUGUCGCGUUGCGGCUGGUGGCCAGGUCCUACCGCGAGCGGAUGGGCCUCCCCACUUUUGACAUCCACGACACCAACAUCUUCAGCGGCAUGACGAUGAGGGGUGUUACAAACUUCCUCGCGCUGGAAUUUCUCCAUCUGGUGAUUGCAGGCGAGCUGUGGGCGCUUAUUACGGGGCUUGCUCAGUGGUUCCAUCUGACAGAGGAAGAGUGGAAGCUUUUCAAUGAAAUUGAGGAGGCUGAGGCGGCGGAAGAACGGAGACGACAAGGGCAAGUCUGA